ACUCAGGACAGCUGCGGAGGAAGGGUGGCAGCGAGGGUCGGGCGGCACUGGAGCCGAUGGAGCCCUCGGCGGACAGGCUGGCCACGGCCGCGGCGCGGGGCCGGGUGGAGGAGGUGCGGGCGCUGCUCGAGGCCGGAGUGCCGCCCGACGCUCCUAACCGCUAUGGUCGGUCGGCGAUCCAGGUCAUGAUGAUGGGCAGCGCCCGCGUGGCCGAGCUGCUGCUGCUCCACGGCGCCGAGCCCAACUGCGCCGACCCCGCCACCCUCAGCCGACCGGUGCACGACGCCGCCCGGGAGGGCUUCUUGGACACGCUGGUGGCGCUGCACCGGGCCGGGGCGCGGCUGGACGUGCGCGACGCCGGGGGCCGCCUGCCCGUGGACCUGGCUGAGGAGCGGGGCCACCGCGACGUCGCUCGGUACCUGCGCGCCGCCGAAGGCGGUAACCACGCCCGCGCAAGGGCCGUGGAAGGUACCGCAGACACUCCGAACUCAAACGAUCUUUGAGACUUCGCGACGCUGAGAAGUCCAGCAUCGAAGCUGGAUCAGAGCUAUAACCACCCCCACCUUAUGCAGUUCUUCCCUGCUUUCUUAGCUCCAACUUUUUAAAAGCGCUUUUUUAAAAAAAAAAAAAAAAAGUCAAAUGCAUUUUUACACCGAUCUGCCUUUCCUGACCCUCAUUUAUAUAUCGGCAUAAACUGUUUUCAAAAACACAA